CUAAUUCGCUCGGGCGCAUUUAAUAAAUUCAGUGUUAUUUUCCUUGUAGAUAAGUCGCAUUUAUAAUUAUACUACCUAGACGUAAGUCUGUUUAGAACCAAUAAACUUAGACAAUAGACAUCCAUGACAAAGUUGAUAGCACCCUGUGUACGAAAUUUUUCGCAAUUUGGGCGCCAUCUUGUUUUUAUUUUUUUGUGUCGAAACGUCGGUAAUCUUUCUCGUUUUUACUUACAACGUUUCAUUCUUUUGUUCAAAAUUUUAAUUGCAAUAGCGUUAUACGCAAGCAUUUUGACCUGAAUAUAAAGGGGUACUAAAGGAACAAAUGUAUCAAGAGUCUCAAAAACAAUGUGCCUUCCGUGUGGAUCUAAUGUGUAUUUGAAGCUGCUUCGGAGAUUAUUGUUCAGACAAAGAUUGAAGGCGCGGGCGCAGAAAAAGUACAAAAAGUUCGGUGGUCGAGACAAGUUCAGAAUAUUAUGGCGUCGGCAGCGGUAAUUUGGUUAUUACAGGCUUACAUUAUGCACACUCAUUGGAUCCAGCGCUUCUUUAAACGGACCAUACGAAUACCAUGGAUAUUGUACAAAUAUGUUCAUAAAUAGAUUAAGUUUGCUACACAAACUGCAGAACUGUACUAUAAUAUUGGGAGAUUUGAAGAUGACGUUAUUGGAGAGGACAAACAGGAGCCAUUUUAGGAAUGUCAGCUUCCCAAAUUUGAAGGAGGUCACAGGAUUCGUAGUUAUGUAUAGAGUUUUUGGUCUGGAGUCAGUGGGAGAACUGUUUCCCAAUCUCAUGAGGAUACGAGGCAACACACUUAUUACAGACUACGCGCUUAUCAUCAAUGAUAUGCCCAAACUGAGAGAGAUAGGUCUAUCAAAUCUGCUCAAAAUUGACAGAGGUGGAGUAAUCAUCUGGACUGGUCCGUUGACCUGUUACGUAGAUUCUGUCAAUUGGGGCGUUAUAGCACCCAACGCAAGGCAUGUACUCAGUGCCAUGGACCCGUAUAAUAGCUGCAAGACCAUACCUUGUACGUGCUCUACUAAUGCUUCUACGAACUAUUGUUGGAAUAACAGGAAAUGUCAGCGUUUCCUCGAAGGACCCGAGGCGGAGCAGUGUAGCCCUGAAUGUAUCGGUUGCCGCAGAACCGACGCAAAGAAUUGUUCCUUAUGUCGAUAUUUCACGUACAAGGGGAUGUGUGUGCCAACGUGCCCGGAUAGAACGAUUGUCCUAACAGACAGUAAUUACUGUGUGACAAUAGAUGAAUGUAGACAUUUGGACCGCUGGCCGUGGAACAAUACAUGUGUUUCCGAUUGUCCAGAAAACUACGUCAGAUUUACUAAUUCGGGAUUGGUGACCUGCGAGCCAUGUGACAACUGCCAUAAGACUUGUUACAACUUAACGGUACAGACUUUAGCGUCGAUCCAAGCAGCUGCUAAAUGCGUCUACGUAAAAGGCUCUUUAACUAUUCACAUAAGAGCUUUACCAGAGGCGAUGAACGAGCUCAGAUAUUAUUUGAGGAGCAUCCAAGAAGUAUCGGACUAUAUAGAAAUACGGGGCUCGAUUGUUGUGACGUCUUUAGAGUUCCUUCCAUCUUUAAGGCGUAUUCGUGGAGAUAAUUUGUAUAAUGAUAAAUAUAGUUUGGUAGUUCACGAUAUGCAAAAUCUGCAAACUUUAUUUCUUCCAAAUGUAACAGAAAAUUUAAAAGUAGACAAAGGUACCAUGUCGUUUUAUAGAAAUCAGAUGCUCUGUAUGAAUCAAAUUGAAAAACUGAUCCAUGCGUUUCCGAAAACGCCUAGUUUAUUGGACAUACCUCAAGGAUUAAACGGUUAUAGUGGUAGUUGUGAUGAGGUUUCUCUAAAUUUGACAAUAAAAGUAAAAAAUGAGACUGCUGCCUUAGCUAAGUUUUACCCACAAGCUGGAGCAAAUGUUCACUAUACAAUUUUAUACGUAAAAGUUCCUCAUGGGUUACACAGUAUAGCCGUCCCUGAAGCAUGUAGUGAGUCAGACUGGAAUGCCGUCAGUAUACAUACACCAGUUGAUUAUGUAGUGGAAUUGGAAUUGACAUCACUCGAUCCAGCCACAACAUAUGCUAUUUGUAUUGAAAAAUACGACCCCACACACCGACACUUGGCAAGGAGUUCAGUAGAGAAAUUUACAACAUCAGUUGGAAAACCUAAACCGCCUUUUAUUAUUGAAUUGGCCGCUUCAUCUUCUGACGUCGUCGUCAUCCGAUGGGUAGAUCAUUUAGACUAUCUUCCAUACAUUGUUAGAUAUGAAUUAGAUGUAAUGUUGAUUGAUAUACACAAUGCUGACGUUAAUUCACUAGAUCAUUGCUCAAAUAAUAUUUACGAUUGGGAAGAAGAUUAUUCAGUACAUGCCAGAGUGAUGAGACCUCCAAAAAAUUAUGAUAAGAGCUGUGAAUCUAUGUGUGGGAUGUUAUCAAUGGUUACUAUUGGUGCGAUGGUAGAUGAGUAUUUUGAUGUGUGUCAUAUACUUCGCGAUUGCGACUUUGCAAGUGAGAGACCAAGGAACAUGUCAGUGGGCUCGUAUGUUAAGAGUUUAGCUUUAAAUUUAAAUGGCACAAGAAAAGAUUUCCAGAUAGGAGGAUUGGCGCCGUACAGGGAUUAUCGUUUUCAUUUGAGAGCGUGUACGAGGGAUGAGUGCAGCCAAUCUGCCCGGAGCGUUGUUAAAACUUUGAAGUCGAUGAAUGCUGAUAUUCCCACGAUCACAUUUCUCAGUGCAAAUGAACUCGGCUAUGUUUCUGUAAAAUGGGACCCACCUAGUGCUAUAAAUGGUAUAGUAUUGUCUUACACAGUUGAAGUUUCCCCAGCAAUUAAAUUUAACGAUUAUAGUUCUCUCCUUCCACAUGCCGUCUGCGUUCCUGGAAAUAUAACAAGUUUGAUAAUUAAGUCGCAAAUUGCUAAUAAAUAUAUUGUGCGAAUAUGCACUAAAACUCUCGCAAAUAGUUACUCGUGUGAUGAGAAGAAGAAAGUAGUUGUGCAAACGUUAGUCAGGACGACCUGGUGGCUAUCAGGCGUUUUGUUUGGAAUCUUUAUAAAUGUUUUUUCUUUUAUAAUUGGCUGGCGAUGGAAAGCCAGAAGUAAUGUAACAGAUGAUGUUCCACUGGUGGAUGCGACGUCUAUGUAUCGUAAUGAAAGUGAACCGCCUGCUAUAAUGAUGUCAGAUUUUGCACCCAUUUAUAGUAUACCCCUAAGAGAGACUCGAUUUGAUUAAAGUGAUUUGUACCAAAUGGUAUUUAAUAAUAAGAUUAUUCAAUUAUGAUAAGAAUUAGGUUAAGGAUUGCAAUGAUAAUGAUGUUAAUACUAGUCUUGACUGUCGAUAUUAAAUAA